GUGCCAGCUCCCAGCCAGCCGGGUCGAUACCCACCCUUAUCCCUGCUGUGUGGGCACUGACCCCAACCUCUGCACUUGCAGCGAGCAUGGACCAGCGACAGGGGCCACCAGAGCCGAGACCUGCAGGACCCACCACGCACCUGCAGCCCAAGGAGGGGACACUGUGGGGGCUCCUCGCCAUCCUGUCGCUGCUGGCUGGGCUGGCCACGGGCGCCCUGCGAACACCGCACUGCAACGAGACGCUGGACACAGCCCCUACACCACAGGGCAUGGCCACUGCCAGCCCAUCUGUGGAGGAUGGUGUGGAGGUGCCACUCGCCGCUGCCUGGAGCCAGUUGUAUGGGGAAAAUGCGACGACGGGUCGUCCGGGCACCGCAGAGUUGGCGGAGGAUCUGCUGCUGCGCGCUGAGCGCUCACCGCCGGGCGCCGGCAAAGCCAAGAAGGGGGCGCGGAAACCCUCACGGGGCGCCCGCGGGCGCAACUGCCACAUCCGCAACCUGAUGGUGAAGGUGCGCGACCUGGGCCUGGGCUUCAACUCGGACGAGAUCGUGCUCUUCAAGUACUGCAGUGGGUCCUGCCACCGGGCACGCAGCAACUACGACCUGACACUGGGCAGCCUGCUGCGGCAGCAGCUCAUCACCCCGGGGCCACAGGAGCGGAUCCUCAGCCACCCCUGCUGCCGGCCCACCCGCUAUGAGGCUGUCUCCUUCAUGGAUGUGGAGAACACUUGGCAGACGGUGGAGAAGCUCUCAGCAGCCGAGUGCAGCUGUAUUGGCUGAGGAGGGGGCCACUGGCUUGGCCUCAGCUCGACGCGUGCCGGCAGACUCCGGCUUGCCACAUGCAGUGGCACCGGCGCUCAGAGGAAGGGUCUGGCAGAGGCCGGUGCCCCCGUUUUUACAUGGCCACAAAGAGCCGAGGUGGGAUGGAGCCAUGACUGGGGUGUGGGCGGCCAAGCCCCUUCCUGCUCAGUGCCAAGCAGCUGGUGCCGACGGCUACAUGGGAUCCUGCCUGGGUGCACUGUGGCUCAUCCCUGGGAGAGGAGCUGAGGGGAGUAUGAAGCAU